UGGGGGCAGAACUUCCCCUUCCUCCCCUGCUCUGGGAAUGGGGACACCUCCUGGUGAUGGGCCGAUCCCAAAGGAUGCCGGAGAGGGAGGGAUGGGACGGCAGAGCCAAGGGGGGCCGCGAUCCCCCAGGCACCACUGAGUGGGGCUGCACAGAUCCAUGGGGCAGAACCUCCCCACCCUCGGGUUCGGGGUUGGGGGUGGAGGUCCCGAACGGAGCGCUGCCCCCAAACAGAACGGGCUGAUGGUCGCCUGCUGCCAGGGCUUCGUGGACAUCGUGCCCCUCCUGCAGCACUGCCCCUACGUGGACGUCAACCAGCAGGACAAGGAGGGCAACACGGCGCUGAUGAUGGCCGCGCAGGCAGGGCACAUCACCAUCGUUAAUUACCUCCUGAAUUACUUCCCGGCGCUGGACGUGGAGCGGCGCGACGCCCGCGGGCUGACGGCGCUGAUGAAGGCGGCGGUGCAGGGCCGGCACGACUGCGUGACCGCACUGCUGCUCGCGGGAGCCGACCUGCAUGCCGUGGACCCCAUCAAAGGGAAGACAGCCAGGGAUUGGGCCGCCUUCACCGGCCGCUUCGAGACCACCGUCCGCAUCCGGACCCUCCUCCGGCGCCCGCGGGCCGAGCAGUUUGGUACCCACUACCUCCCCGAGUGGCCGGCGCUGGCCGGGCUGGUGGCCAAAGCCCUGAGCCCCAAAUCCCGCAGCCAACGGCUGUUGGAGAAAAUCCAUUCCCUCUUCACCUUCCGCAUCCCCCGCGACCCGGAGGAGGACGGCGUGUUGGACCACAUGGUGAGGAUGACCACCUCCCUCGCCAGCCCCUUCGUGACCACCGCUUGCCGAACCGUCUGCCCCGAUAGCCCACCCGAAGUGGGCAAACGGCGGCUCUCGGUGGCGGAGAUCCUCCAGGAGCACGUGCCGGAACCGGGCACUGGGAUGGCGUCGUGCAAUGGCCAACUGGAGGGGCACGGCCAACAAGUCGGCAAUGGCCAAGUUGCGUUGGACCAAGCGGUGGUGCAGAUGGCGCCGCGCCGUCACCGCCUCCUGGGUUUCCUCCCCCGGCUGCUCCGUGCCAACUGCAUCUUCCCCGGGGAGCGCGUGCCCAGGAUCAAGCUGAGCAAAGCCGGCUCACCACCGGCGUGCAGGAGGGAGAGGAGACCUCGCGGCCGCGACAAGGCGCUGUUACAGCCACCCAAAUGGAGGUACAAGGAGCUGAAGGAGGAGAAGCGAGCGGCCGAGGAGGCGGAGGGGGAAAAGAAGAGGAAAAAGGGCAAAAAGGGGUGCUGAGGUGGGGGGGGGGUCCCCGUGCGGACCCCUCCUCUGCUGGAGGUUUUGGGGUGGCCCCGUGCCCUUGUGCCGUCGCUUUGGCUCUGCCGGCCCCGUGGUGCUGGGUGGGAUCCUGAUGGAGGGGCUGUGU